AUUAGGGUCUGAGCGCCCAGCCCGGGGCUGGAAGGGUGGGCUGGUAUGCACGAAGCAGGCGCAGUGGGGCCGCGGGGUUGGGGUGAGGGGGGAGAAGGAGGAGUAGAAAGAGCAGGGGGAGGGGAGAGAAGAGAAGAGGGGGGAGGGAGGAGAGGGGAGGAGCGGAGGGCUCGGUGGCGUCCUUCGGGGCCGGCUCUGCGGCGGCUGGAUCGGAAGCCGCAGGGAGGAGGAUCCAGGGAAAUAAAAACGACCGAGAAUGACCUCCAGCGAGGGAGCCUAAGCUGGGCCCUGUCCUCCUGCCCUGCUCAGACCAGCUUUAGAAGCCCGUGCUUACUCUGGCCCCAGCAUGGGAGACCGGGGGCAGCCUCCCGAGUGCUCGGCCCCGCGCCCGCGCCCGCACCCGCACCCGCACCUCACGGCUUUGCCUAGCGCUGCGGCGGCCGCGGUGAACGGCGUCGUGCACAACGGCUUCCACCCCCCGGUCCCGCCAGUGCCUCCGCAACUGCAGCCUCGACCCUGCAGCCGGAGCCCCUCGGGACGCAGCAACAACUCAGACCCCCGGCCCCAGACACAACUUCAGCCUGACGGGCUGCCGCCGCUCCACGACUCCCCGGCCAAGAAAUGCAGGCUUCGGAGGAGAAUGGAUUCCGGGAGGAAGAACAGGCCGCCCUUCCCAUGGUUUGGCAUGGACAUUGGUGGAACACUGGUUAAAUUGGUCUAUUUUGAGCCAAAAGACAUUACAGCAGAGGAGGAGCAAGAGGAAGUGGAGAACUUGAAGAGUAUAAGGAAAUACUUGACUUCUAACACUGCAUAUGGGAAAACUGGGAUUCGAGAUGUGCAUCUGGAACUAAAGAAUCUGACCAUGUGUGGGCGUAAAGGAAACCUGCACUUCAUCCGAUUUCCCACUUGUGCCAUGCACAGGUUCAUUCAGAUGGGAAGUGAAAAGAACUUCUCCAGUCUUCAUACCACCCUGUGUGCCACAGGAGGUGGGGCUUUCAAAUUUGAAGAGGAUUUUAGAAUGAUUGCCGAUCUGCAACUCCACAAGCUGGAUGAAUUGGACUGUUUGAUUCAAGGUCUGCUUUAUGUUGAUUCCGUCGGCUUCAAUGGCAAACCUGAGUGUUACUAUUUUGAAAAACCUACAGAUCCUGAACAGUGUCAAAAAAAGCCUUACUGCCUUGAUAAUCCAUACCCUAUGUUGCUGGUUAACAUGGGCUCAGGUGUUAGCAUCCUAGCAGUAUAUUCCAAGGACAACUAUAAAAGAGUUACAGGGACCAGUCUUGGAGGUGGAACAUUCCUAGGCCUGUGCUGUUUGCUGACUGGUUGUGAGACCUUUGAAGAAGCUCUGGAAAUGGCAGCUAAAGGAGACAGCACCAAUGUUGAUAAGCUGGUGAAGGAUAUUUAUGGAGGAGACUAUGAACGAUUUGGCCUUCAAGGAUCUGCUGUAGCAUCAAGCUUUGGCAACAUGAUGAGUAAAGAAAAACGAGAUGCCAUCAGCAAAGAGGACCUAGCCAGAGCGACUUUGGUCACCAUUACAAAUAACAUCGGUUCCAUUGCUCGGAUGUGUGCCCUGAAUGAGAACAUUGACAGAGUGGUGUUUGUUGGGAAUUUCCUUAGAAUCAAUAUGGUCUCUAUGAAGCUCUUAGCUUAUGCCAUGGAUUUUUGGUCCAAAGGACAGCUAAAAGCCCUGUUCUUAGAACAUGAGGGCUAUUUUGGCGCUGUUGGAGCCCUACUGGAAUUGUUUAAAAUGACUGAUGAUCAGUAAAAAUGUCACCUGGAGAAAAGUUGGGAAAGAUGCCCCUGUCGAGGUUGCUGCUGGAGAAAGUAAAAGCCACGAUCAGGAUGGGAACGAAGCCAUUUUGGUAGUAGUACCUGCUGGAUUUGUAAAUAAUUUGAAAUCCUUAUAGCUGAUCUUUUACUUCGGGUUUUGAGCAUAGAAUUCAAAAUUCACAUGGGGAAUACAAGAUUUUUUUUUUCUUCCUGUAUACUGUAUUUUUUUAAAAAAUAAGGACAAAAUGUGCAACGUGGCCAAAUGUCCCAGUUUUAUGCAUUUGUUUUAAAAAAAAAGCUGAAUAAUGUUUCAGAAAGACCUGAAAUGUAAUAGCUUGUUUUUCUUCUGGGGUUUACUGAUCAGUGUGGUAAUUUUAACUUCAUUUAGUAAUCACUCUAGGAGAUUUUUAUCUUGACUUAUAUUUUUCAUGACGUUUCAUGAUUUGCUGUUGGUUUCAAAUGAAACUACAAAGCUAGCAUGUUUUACUGUGAAUGCUUUUUUCCCCCUUUUUGAGUUUUUUUUUUGUUUUGUCUCAUAUUUCUGUCUAUGAAUGAAUGUCCCAUGGAAGGAGAUCUGUCUUCCAACCUCAGUUUCUGCCCUCUUCCUCCACACAGCAAGAAAACAUUUCUGUGAAUAGAUGUAUUCACUUUACCCAAGGCGCUGACCAUUCUACUGUCUUAGCAAUGAGAACUAAGGCUUUAUGAAGUAUCCAUACAGUGAAGACUCCAAACAUCACAGAGUCACAAGCCUAGAAGGGGCCUUAGACCAUAGAAGGUCAGAAGUGGAAGGGACCUUAGAGAUUAAGUCUAGCCUUCCUCAUUUUAUACGGAAGGAAACAGACACAGAAUACAGUGAGUUCAGUUUUGCAUAGCUGGUGACAGAACUGGGAUUAUAAUACAGUGGUAUAUAUAAGAAACAUUACAUGCCUAUUAGGUGCAGAGGACUUUUCAACACAGAAAGAGAAACUUUAGAUUGGUCCAGAACACAGGCAAUUGGGCCACCUGAUUCCCAAACCAAGACUUGUUCUCUUCCAUGUUAUAUUACCAGAUAGUGGCAAUAAAGAAAGAAAUGAACAUUUUUGCCUUCACCCACUGCUGGGUUACAGAGGACAGCCAAUCUAUGAUUUAGUUAAGUAAGUUCUAGGGAGUCAUCUCAGGCACAUGGUUGUCAAGUUUCCAAAUUAUGAUUUGAACCCAGGUCUUCCUGUGAACCCAACCCUACACUAGCCAUUAGGUUAUGUUGCCUCUUGGUUUAUUUUUAUAUCAGCAAUACAAUACUGACUGAAACCUGACACUCUUUAUGGACAUCUCUUUUAACCCCCCAAAGGUAAAUAAUACUAAAUCAUUAUGUUUGUCAUUUGAAGGGAAUUCUCCAUUAGAAUUCUGAGCUUGUCAAAAUUCUGAUGCAAAUUAGAGGAUCACAGAAAGAACCAAAAUCAUGGCAUGAGAUGAACAGGUGAUAAUUAGUCAACAAACUAUUUGUCUUUUUUGUACAUAUGCCCCAGAGAAUUGUAAUGAAAAAUCUUAUAAGUAGAAAUUUUUUUAUGUUUUCACUUUUAAUAUCUGAGAAAGAUGUUAUUUGUAAAAAAACAAAAAAAAUUUUUUUUGCUUUACUGAUUUUUUUGGAUCAAAGAUAAUUUUUAUUUUCAAAACAUAUUCUGCUGACUGCUGACUUUGGUUUUGUUCUUCUCCUUUUACCUUUGCUUUGAUGACCCUGGACAAAAUAAUAGAGCUUAUUUUUUAGCUUUAGUUUAUUAAAGAAGGGAUGUUAGGAAGGAGAGUCUGGAUCAAAAGACAGUCUAGAUCAAAAGAGAUUGGUUUACUUUCCUCUAUCUUUUGAAAUGGUCAUUAGUUUUUACAUUGUCAGGUUUUGAAGAAGCAGAUACUAAUGGAAGUGUUGACUUGUCUGGUUGAAAUAAAACUCAUUCCUGUUGUGAUGUGUUUUGUGUAUAUGUGAAUUUCAUUUCUGAACUCCUUUGUCUUGAUUAGAUAUUAUGUACAUGAUUUAAAUUUUUUGAAUUUGAAAAACUUUAUGUGAUCCCCACCAAAUAUUAUGUAAUCUGAGCCUUUCAUAUUAGUCUCUUGGAGACAUGUAAUAUCUUGUUCCCCUCAAAGGAAACUGUACUAUUUUAUGGGAUUUUUUUAAUUUUCCAGCUUCAACAGCUUUCAAUAUCUUUUGACAACUUUUGAAAUGGAGAUUUUAAUUUUUAGUAUUAAAAAUGCUCCCUGAAUAAUUCUGUCAACAUUUUUUCAUUCUGAAAAAGUGUCAUCAUCAUGUCUGUUAUUAUAAGUGCUUCAGUUGUGUUAAUCUGUAUUUUGUUAUUAUUAUUAUUGUUGUUGUUUUGUUGUUGUUGUUCCAGACCUGUGAUUUCACUAGAAACUGACUUAAAAAAUAUAGGCAACUUGGUCAGUUUUAUAUGCAAGGGUACAAAUCCAUACCAGCUAAAAAUGCCUUACCAGUUGUGGUUCCUAUUCUCAUUGGACAAAGUUGGGUGGGCAUGGGGAGGGCUCUAUGAAUCCUGAUUCCAUAUAUGAAGAAAUAACAAGAUUUUCAUGAAUUGACAACUCAAUUAGUUCAGUGCCCUCAUUUUAUAAAUGAAUAAAGUGAUGUUUGUGAUCUCACAGGUGGUGAGUAGCAGAGCUGGGAUUUGAAUCUGUGUCUUCUGACUUUAAUUCCAGUGUUCUUUCCACUACACCAUGCUGCCUUGAUUUCCUCCCUGAAUUUGAUUGGAAAACUCAAAGGGAGGUCUGAUAACCUGCAUCAGUUGUUAUUUUUGUUAUAGACCAUAGAAUGGUACAUUUAAAGCUAGAAGGAACCUCUGAGUCAUAUAGUCCAACCCCCUUAUGUUUUCAUGAGGGAACUGAGGCUCAGGGAAGUUAAGUGACUUGCUCAAGGUCACACAAGUAGUGUCAGUUAGAAUUUUAAUCCAGGACCUCUAAAUCCAGAGCCAGUGCUUUUUCCAUUGUACUCAACAGGUCUGUUAUGUAAAAUCAUCCAGUCAAGUUGGUGUCCCAUAAAAAAAUGUACUUGCUUAUCCAGGGUAUGUAUCUGAAAUUACAUGAUGACUCUUAUCGAGCCCUUUAAGAUUAUUAGGUCUGAAUAAUGGGAGAUAUUAAAUAAUAAAAAUAUUGCCAAUGAGAUUUGAA